CAUGCCAAGACCACAUUUUCUUGCGCGGCAGGCAAUCAAGUAAGAAGCUCUUCUUUUUUCCUCCCAGGUGGAAUUUUGUGGGGCUUUUAUUUUUCCCGCAGGAAGUCAGCUUCUAGUAGUCAAGCAUGUCUGAGCCAGCAGAGCUGCUGCUGAUCAAGGACCAGUACGAGCUGGCCUUCCAGUGCCUGAGUCGGGGUGUGUCCCUGGAGGAGGGCGGUGACCGGGCCAAGGCGGAGGAGUACUACCUCAAAGGCCAGCAGCACCUCAUGCACGGUCUGGGGGUGCCCACCUCGGGGCCCCGUCACCAGGGGCCCCUGUGGGACCGUGCCAGGGAGCUGCAGAGGCGGAUGCAGGGCACCCUGGCCACCUUCAGCACCCACCUCUCCGGCCUGGACGCCUCGCACGCGCCCCCUGCUGGCCAGAGGCGGAAGCUGCUCAUGGAGCUCACCCCCAGCCUCUACCCGCUGGUGCCCGCCCACACCCCCCUCCAGCACCUCUACCCCUCCAUCCGUCCCCCCGCCAGCCCCCUCAACACACCCCCGCCCCUCCCGGCCAGGAGAGCUCCGCCCGACAUGUCCGAGCCCCAGGCCGAGCCCCGGGCCGAGUCCCAGGCCCUGCCCCCGGUCUACACCCCGCAGCCCGCAGACGGACACCUCAGUCUGGCACACACCCCGGCACAGGGGGAGUGGAGAGGAGCCGAACUGGAGAACCGGAACGAGCUGCUGCUGAUCCCCUCGGGGGUGCAGAUGUUCUUCGUGGCGCCCGGCGGGCAGGUGAGCGCCCUCUCCCAGCCCGGGUACCUCCGCAUCAUCGCCUUCGACGCCCAGUCCCAGGACCCGCCCGGCGGACGUGGGCCGGUCUUUAUGGAUGUGUGUGGCUGGUUGUACUCCCUCAGCCCCUCCAUGCCGGUGCUGCUGGCCCCCUCUGACAUCUUCAUGUUCCCUGACACUUUAGCACCUGUGUCAGGUGCAUUUGUGGGCGUGGUCUUGUCCUCCCAGCUUCCUGCUGCUGACACAGCCAUGUUCCAUGACCUCAUCAAGCAGCUCACUGACUUCAGGGUGCAGAGUCCAGACGACGUGGGGUCAGGGGUCAUCAGCCUGAGUGAGACGGUGCCCCUGGGCCCCCAGGUCAUGUUGCCGGGGGCGACGGUGAAAGAAAAAGCACCGCUGCCCACCUGGAGUGAGAAGAUGGGCGGGGGCAUCUUGUCAGGAGCGACCGUGUUGGGUCAGGAGGUGGUCAGAGGGGCGGAGGCCACCUCCAGGGUCAUCAGCCAGGGGGCGCUGAAGAUCCGGGCCCGCCUCUCGCCCGAGGACACGCCCUCCGAGGUCAGCCCGCACCUCUCCAGGAGCCUGCAUGUGGCCAAACAGGCCACAGAGGGCGCCAAGCGCGUCAGUCAGUUCCUAGUGGACGGCGUGAGCACGGUGGCAGAGCACCUGGCAGAGAAGGUGGCCCCUCACCUGAAGAAGCACGGCUCCAAGAUGAUCCCGGAGUCCAUGAAGGGCAAAGAGGGGGAGCCGUCCAAUAUGGAGGGGGCCAAAUUUGUGGCCCUCAGCAGCUUACAAGGUUUCAACGCCGUGUGGACCAGUCUGGAGACCAGCGCCAAGCUCAUCGGCAGGAGCGUGUCGUCGGAGACGGUGCAAACGGUGACGUACAAGUACGGCGACGAAGCGGGCCAGGCCACCGACACGGCGCUGCGGUCGGCCACCAACGUGGUCGUGACGGCGCACAACGUCGACAAUCUGGGCAUCAAAGCCAUCCUGAAGACCACGGGCAAGGAGGCGGCCAAGGCCAUGGUCAAGAAGAAGGAGGGGGCCCAGAAGGAGCAGGAAGUGCCGCCGGACCAAGACCCGAAGAAGAAGAAGAAGGUGGAAGAAGGCAAGAAAUAGACCUUGGUCAAAGUGGACUCCCACAGUCCUUUCUGUCAUGGAAAUACAUCUCACAUUAUAUUUAAUAAAGCCACAAUUAAGUGGAAUAAAAGUGCAAAGAGGUGACUUAUAAUAAGUAAUAAUAACACAGACUGACAUCGCUCAAAAAAUAAUAAUGAAUCAAAAUCAAUGUUGUUAUGAAUUAUUGACUUAUUUAAGGCUCCAAUUAGUUUGCAUUAAAUAUUACAUUUUGACCUUUUUUUGGGCAGGAAAAUAUUGCAUAUUUUGUGUGUUUGACAUAAAAAACUAUGUUUUAUUUGAUAAAAAGGUAUAAAACAAAAACGUAAAAAAGUAGUAAAAGCUUAAAAUUGACGGAUAGAUCGGAAGUUGGUAAAAAAAAAAAAGAAAAAAAAGACUUAUUUUAACAUU